UGGUGAGGGGGGGCCGUGGAGCUCCUGAGUGGCGGAGGCCGGGGGGCGGGGCGGGGCCGAGGCUGGCGUGCCCCUCUCCUAUUGGCUAGUGUCUAAACGCCCCCGCCUCUCCCCAGGAGGAGGGCAGGGCCGCUUUAAAAGGCUCGGAACCCAGGCCUCGCCGAGGUCAAACACUUGGGUAUCAGACAAAGGAUAGAUGAUGAUGAAGAUGACCUGGUGGCUGCGGCAAAGCCAGAACCAGAGCCGGGAUCCGAGGAGAAAGUGUUCCAGAAGAAAGUCUGUCUUCAUACAUCAUCAUACCUGAGAGCAGAGUCUGAUCUAACCAGAGAUGGCAGCUGAACCACUGCCCUUCUCCUUUGGGACGCUGUCUAGCUGGGAGCUAGAGGCCUGGUAUGAGGACCUGCAAGAGGUGUUGUCCUCUGAAGAGAACGGAGGGGCAUAUAUCCAACCCCCCGAAACAGAACAGGAAGAACUGAAAACAUUUACCACUCUUGACCCAGCUUCCCUGGUCUGGCUGGCUGAGGAGCCUGGGCCAGUGGGAAUCACGAGCAAUGGCCAAAGCCCAUGCUCUCCUGAGUCCAGCCAAAGCUCACUGGCCCAGGAAGAGGAAGAGGAUGAACCCGGGGAACAAGGAGGAAGAAGAAAUAGGAAACGGAGGAGGAGCAGCGAGCAAUCCCCAGCCCGAAGUCGGAAGCAGAGCGUGAAAGAAAAGGAACAAGAAAAUGAACGAAAGGUAGCACGUCUGGAGGCAGAGAACGAGCGCCUCAAGCGAGAGAUCGAACGACUGACCAGGGAGGUGGAUGUGACCCGCCAGGCCCUCAUUGACCGCAUGGUCAGCCUGCCGCGGUCAUGAUGGCUGGACCGUGGGGCCCUGAACUCUGCUUUCCAGCACAGGACCUGCCCCAGGAGAAGGGCUGCCCCAGGUGCCAAGCAGCGACCACUGAGGGAGCUGCAAAGGGAAGGCCCCCACGUGAUGUACAGAGAUGUAUUUAUUAUAGCCUCGAUGGCCCACUCCAUUAAAACCCUUUGUCCUGAAGCGCA